GCGACAGAGGCAAAAUUGGGAAACGUCGGUACUAUUUGGUAAUCGUCGCCGUCACUCUCUGAACUCCAUCGCCGAGCUCACCGACCACACCCACCAAUCGGACGAUGGAGAUGCGCCGUCGCGACCUCCCCCAGCUCCUGGUCAUCAAGCCGGGGCUCAUCCGCUACGGCGACCCGUUCGCCGCCAAGUUCGCCGUCCUCCGCGCCUGGGAGUCCCCGCUCCCCCUCCCCGCCUUCCUCUCCACCCACGCCCGCUCCGCCCCGGCCCUCCUCUGCUCCGCCGCCACCCGGGUCACCGCCGGCCUCCUCGACCUCCUCCCCUCCCUCCGCGUCGUCGUCACCACCAGCGCCGGCCUCAACCACAUCGACCUCCCCGAGUGCCGCCGCCGCGGCGUCGCCGUCGCCAACGCCGGCGAGGUGUUCUCCGACGACGUCGCCGACGCGGCCGUCGCGCUGGCGCUCGACGUGAUCCGGAGGGUCUCGGCCGCCGAUCGGUUCGUGCGGCGGGGGCUCUGGGCUAAGGAGGGGGACUUCGCUCUCGGGUCGAAGUUGGUAGGCAAGCGAGUUGGUAUUGUUGGACUCGGCAGUAUCGGGUUACGAGUUGCAAAAAGGCUCGAGGCUUUUGGCUGUCCUAUAUCAUACAACUCAAGGGCAAAGAAGCCAUCCGUUUCGUAUCCUUUUUACGGAAAUGUCUGUGAACUCGCAGCUGACAGUGAUAUUCUCAUAAUCUGCUGUGCCCUAACCGAGCAGACUCGCCAUAUGAUUGGUAAGUCGGUCCUUUUGGCUCUUGGGAAAGACGGAAUUCUCAUCAAUGUUGGCCGUGGUGCCAUUGUUGAUGAGAAAGAACUGGUCCAGAGUUUAGUGCGGGGAGAAAUCAGAGGUGCUGGUUUAGACGUGUUUGAGAAUGAGCCCAAUGUUCCCGAUGAAUUGCUCUCGCUGGAUAAUGUCGUCCUAUCGCCGCAUGUAGCAGUCUUCACCAAGGAAUCUUUCCAGGAUUUGGCUGAACUUAUGAUUGCAAAUUUGGAAGCUUUCUUCUCGAAUGAACCUUUAAUUACCCCGGCCAUUGAUGAAUGAUGAAGAACCUAGUUCGAAUUGUAUCAUGUUUCCCUUCAACUAGGUUCUUAACACAUUCGAAUUUUACAUCUCAUUCUAGAGUGUACUCAUUUCGGGUGUUCGCUAUGUAUUCCCACUAGCCUUGUCUGUAAAAAUUGCUCAUGUAAGUGUAUGAUUUUGAUGUCUAGCGUGUAGAAUUAGCUCAAUUAGCUCAAUUGUAACAUCCUCCAUGUGAGGCACCGUUUGUCACAGCACUGUCCCUCUUCUGCUGGCACGGUGUAUUUUGCUAUCGAUGAUGGUAGCUUCUGUUGCCACACCCGAGCUUUUAUGUGUUAAUGACAAUCUAUUGCAGUCUGAAUUUUGACUUGUAUUAUUGAA